AUUUCUAAACUCCUUGCAUCAAAGUGACAAUCGGUAUUUGUUUUGUUAUGGUGGAAUGUCAGAUGAUACAAUGCCGUUGGGCAUAAAGCCUGAGUGCUAUAAGUGUAAUGUAACUGAAAGUAAACUUUGGAAACAGACAGCCGAUGGCUUCGUGUGUGCCGACUGUUGUGAUUUGGUAACUAAGACCUCUUGCCCCCCCAAGAAUGAAGACAUUGCUUCACAGUCGUCGAAGUCCCAAGAAACAGCGCCACGUAUUGCAACUCGUAAGAGUACAAGAAGUACGCGGAAUUACAAAACAAGAUUAAAUCCAUACGCUCUUCCGAAGCCUCUUACUCCAAAGGGUAAAGGGAGACGUGUUAUCUUCAAGAAAACCCCAACCAAAGCACCUACGGCAGUUGCUACACCUGUGACAAGCAAUUACGUAUUUUACAAGGGUAGCUAUUUCCAGGUUGGGGACAUAGUCUCUGUGCAGGACAUUGAUGGUGGGUUAUAUUAUGCCCAAAUAAGAGGUCUCCUUACAGAUCAGUACUGUGAAAAAAGCUGUGUUCUGACGUGGCUCAUUCCUACCACUGCCAGUCCUGAUCCCAAUGAGGGAUUCGAUCCCUCAACCUACAUAAUUGAACUUCAGCAACAAAGAGGAAGAACCAGCAGACCUGAAGAACAACUGCUCUUUAAGUACCAAAUCUCAUAUUUAUGUACCCUCACUUAAGUAAAAGUUAACUCAUAGUCUUGCUGCAUUUCCACUCCAGCAGAGAUCCUUUCUUGCAGGAAUUCCACUUGGUCACUGUGAGCUGCAGGACUGACUGUUGGGGAGCUAUGGGGACCACUGUCCGGCAGGCCAUCUGAAGGUCUAGCUAUCGGGGCACUACCUAAGAACAGAUUGGCAUCUGUAAUUUUUUUGGCAUGACACCACUGCUGCCCAUGUCCAUUCCUGUGACCAACUUCGAAGCUGCUGAUCUCUCUCAUACCAGGAGGCCACGGUGCUUCUCUGCAUAAGCUGGUAGACGCAUUUCCUGUGUGCAGUCCACGACAGGAUUGUAGGUACCUUGGUCAUCAUCUACAGGAAUCUGUUGGCUGUCUUGGGCAGUGCAGAUGGCGACACUCGCUAACUCCAUGGAGCAAAGAUCUCAUGAUGACUUUGGUGCUGACACUCUUAACUCUGCU